UACAAUCGCCGUUGUUUGUCACGUGUUUGUUAGUUUGUUACAUAGAUUUUUUAGGUUAUAAGCUAUUUAUAUCACAGUUAUAAGUUUAAAUUGCAUAGAAUUUCUAAAAAUGGGCUACAGGGUGUGUGUUGUAUGCAAAGAAACAUCUAAUAAUUCUACAUUAACUUUUCAUGAGUUACCCAAGAGCAAAUAUCGGCGUAAUGCUUGGAUUUCUGCUUGCAAAUUAGACGAGACUAAACUCAAACAAUCUUCUGUAAUUUGUUCGAAACAUUUUCACGACUAUGACUAUAACUCUUUAAUAAUGGCAAAAAGAAGAUUACACAAUGAAGCGGUACCGUUUUUGGAUCCAGGUGCAGAAAAUGCCACUGAAAGUUUUGUGAAAAAUGAACAACUUCCUAUUGCAGCAGGAUCAAGUGGUCUGAAUUUCCCAAUAAAGAAUGAACCCGUUGCAGUAGCAUGUUCAUUUAUAGAAACAAUUGAAACUCCUAGUGCGGAUAAACAACAAAGUCACGUAAUUGUGGGUAAUAUUAGAACUCCUCGAUAUGUUGGUGAUUUGGUGCCAGAAGAUUUUGCUACUCCCAGAAAAGCAAAAAGACAUCUUGAUUUUGUGAAAAGAGCCAUGGAUGACAAAAGAAAAAAAAUAAAGUUAUUAACAAAGGAGAAGAAACAACUACAAGAUUGGAUUUCUUCACUAAAAGAUUUGCUGGAGCAUCUUCGCACAAAUAAUGUUUUAUCAGAAGAAGCAGCUGCAGCUAUUAUGAGAACAAUUUAAAUGUGCAUUAGUGUGUGUGGAAUAAUUAAAAAAUGUCAGUUUCCUCGUUAAUUUUUUCGAAACUUAUUUGUUAUGUAGGAUGUUAAUUUAAUUAGAUCAUUAUUAUUGCACAUAGUAUACAGUUUGUAAAAAACAACUGAAAUCAACAUUUUCAAAUCCUAUGUUAUUGAAUUUUAAAAAAACGGGGAAAUUUAACUAUGGCCAAGAGAUACGUUAUAGACAUUUGUAAAAUAAUAGAGACCAUAAUUAGCGAAAACAAAAAUAUUACCAACAUUUUUAAUAAUCCCGAUAUGAACAUCAUUGUGUUUCUCAUGACUUACUAGAUAAUCAUAAAAUACAAUUAAUGAAGGCCAUAGCGGAAAUGUAUUUGAAAGUCCGCUUGCAUCACUAAGCGAAAGUGAUAAAUUUUGCUUCAAAACAGGCGAAAAUAAGAGACAAAUUAGUGAAAUAUAUUUUAUUUAAUAAUGAGUAAGAAUACAUUAAUUCACUAAUGUUUAACAAUAAUGUUAAUAAAUUUAUACCA